AUGCUUGGCUGCGCCAGCCACAGGUUCAACCUGGUGGUCAACCGCUUCCUCGCCGACUACGAGACCGAGCUUGUCGCUGUCAACAAUUUGAUGAUCCAGUUGAGGCACUGCAACAACGUCGCCAUCCUCGCGAAGUUCACGGACCUCCAACCUAUCAAACGGAAUGCAACUCGCUGGUUGUCAACCUACGAUAUGGUCGCCCGCUAUGCACAAAUUCGUGAUGCUAUUCGCGUGGUGACGGAUUACCCGAUCAUGGCUGAGCAUCUCCGCCCCUCCGCUGGGAGUGUCAACUGUCCUCUCUUCCAGUCUGCGCUCGUGAAUAUCGGCAACGGCGACACCCUGACGACAGCUGAAGCACGCGCACUCAAGUGUUUUGAGGUGACCAGCGACAGCGAUGGAGGACGUGUCGAUGGCGACCAAGUGAAUGCCAAGAGGAUGAAGCAGACGCGCUGCGAUUACGCCGUCGCCAUCUUGCGCGAAGGCAAAAGGCGCCGAGUGUCGACGCGGACCAACGUCAGUUACAGAGCGCUGGCCAAGCUAGCGCCGCCGACCUCGAACACGGUCGAGCGUCUGUUGUCGACGUGCAAGCUAAUCAUGACGCCCCAGCGCAUCUGCAUGCAGCCGGCGAACUUUGAAAUGAUCGCGUUCUUGCGCGCGAAUCGAGAAAUGAGGAAUGUGACGACGCUCAUUGGGCAAAACGAGUAGGUGGCACGUUCAUGUGCCGACGGCAUGCAAUACAUUGAUACUGGCCCAGG